AUGUCCGCCGCCGUCCCUCCUCCGAACCCUCCGCCCGGCAACGGAGUGCAGAAAACGUCUGAGACCAGCGCGCCGAAGCCCAAGAGCACGUGGGCCCAGAAAGGCGCCGGUUUCUGGGCGAAGGUCAAGUCCGCCAAGAUCGUAGCGGAUGCCGGGGAGGCCAUCAACAAGGCCAAGGCGGGGAAGAAGUUCGAGGUGCCCGUCAAAGUGGACGUCGACUUCAUCAAGCCUGCCCAGAAGGCCGCCACGGACGCCUGCGAGCAGGCCUGGGCGUCUGUACCGCCGGACAUGAAGCCCCACGUCAAGCCCGCGGCUACAUUCUUCCUGGGGCUCUUCCUUGCAUCCUGGUGGCAAGGCCGGAAGAUCACCGAGCAGCGAAUCAGGCUCGCGGACUACGAGCUCACGACGAAGACGCUGCGCAAGGAGCGCGACGAGAUCGUCGCAGCGAGCGGCGUCGACGUGGCGACGUACGCCCGCAUCGUGGCCGAGCUGACCGCGUCCUCGGCGCGCGCCGCGCAGACGGCGAUCCAGGCGUCGCAGGCGUGCUACCUCGGACAGAUGCACGACCGUUCGCUCCCGCCAAUGUACGACGUGCCGCCCGCGGGGCGCAAGGGCCGGACGGGCAACAUCGCGACGCGCGAGAACUGA